AUGUAUGGAAGAUGCUCAUCGACACCAACCGGAUCGACAUUGUCAAUUCGAUCAUUUUCAAGUGACACCACAACCAUUUCAAACGCCUACCUUCAACGCUAUCGGAUGGCGCUUUUCCGAAAUUUCUUCGGAGGCGGAUCGGAUCAACAUGAAGAGGAAAACGGCGCCGAGCUUGUCGAAACGUUUGUCGAGCGUGUUGAGACGUGCAGUGCGCCGGAGGAUCGUCGCGAUGCGCUGCGAGCGCUUCGAAGUCUCGCAAAAAAAUACCGAUUAGCUGUCGGCACGAUGGGUCUCAACGCGUUCAUGGAGAUUCUCGAAAAGGAGCGCCUGAAUACAGACGCGACGGCUCUUGUGCUCGACACACUGCAAGCGGUUCUGAGCGCCGAUGAUGAGUCGUCGGAAGAGGACGAGCUGGGCGAACGAUUGGCCGAAGUAAUGAUAAAACGAAACGGAUUCGUUGCCUGCGUUCUUUCGGCCAUCGAUCAAUUCGAUUUCAAUGUUCGAAGAACUGCCGUCCAAUUGCUCACCGCACUUCUUCGUCAUCGAGGUCCUGAAGUUCAAACUAGUGUUCUUGGACAGCCGAUGGGAAUCUCGAAGCUCGUUGACAUUGUGCACGACAAUCGAGAAGUCAUUCGAAACGAAUCAAUUCUGAUGCUUUGCGAAUUGAGUCGGUCCAACUCGCAAGUGCAACAGCUUCUCGCUUACGACAAUCUUUUUAAUUUAUUAUUGGACGUCAUCUCGACGGAGCCGCUUGAUAGCAUUGUCGUCGAGGAUUGCCUAUUUGUCAUUCUCAAUCUUUUGCGAAAAAAUACAAUGAAUCAGCAAUUGUUUGUCGAAAACAACCUUAUCGCAAGAGUUGGAACAAUUCUCCACACAUUUUUAUAUGGGCGUGGCGAAGGCGACGAGGAGGAAGUGGAAACCGAGGAAUGGUCGAAGCAGCGGACCGCCAAUGUCAUUUUUCUAUUGCAAAUUUUGCGAGCCCUCGUGAGUCCUGACAAUAAUAGCCAACAAACGCAUUCUGCGCAAAAAGUCAUCUAUCAGACAAAAAUUCUCGCCGAGCUUUGUCGAGUGCUUUUAAGUGAAAUUGGGGCGUCGGUUGAGAUUCUCACCGAAUCGAUAAUUGUCGUCGCCGAGGCGAUUCGCGGCAACUACACGAAUCAGGAGUUCUUCGCGAGCACAACACUUGUCGCCAAUGAGGACGAGACGCGCUCGUCGCUUCUCGUGCUCCUCAUCUCGAUGACGACCGAAAAACAGCCGUUCAAACUUCGUUGCGCCGUCUUUUAUUGCUUCUUGUCAUAUUUAUUCGAUAACGAGUUUGGCAAAACGAAAAUCAUUGAGACGCUAUUGCCGCAAUCGCAACUCAACACGCCGCUGUCGACGGGAGCGUUGAUUUGUCAGGCAAUCUCGUCAACCGAAUCAGUCCAAGUAUGGUUUGGUUGUGUUACCCUAAUGCACUGUAUGUAUCAAGUUGAUCAUCUAUGCGAGCAAUUGCUUCGCGUUCAAUUGACGAUCGUUCCCGGCGAUCCGCCGAUUUCGUUGCUCUCGCACGUGUGCCAACUUUUGAUAUCGAUGGGAAAUCGGCGAUCGCAAAUGCGCGCCGGAAUUCUGAUGCUGCUCGGCGUGUGGCUUGUGAAUUCGGAGAAGGUCGUCGCCGCGUUCAUGGAGAAGGACGAGAAUUUGCAAUAUCUGACGUCAAAUAUUGUUGAUGAAUGUGGCGAAGGAUCGGAAAGCGAGCAGCAAGCGGUUCGCGGACUCUUGGCGUUCGUUUUAUUGGCGUGCUUGAAAAAUACGCAGACAAAAGAGGCCAGAGCAUCAAUGGAGACGUUGAUUGAACGACGCGUCGGCAAAGAAGUGGUGUUGUCGGCGCUUGAAGGCUUAUCGCGAACUGAGCAAUUCGUGCGAGCUGCUCAAAAACCGCAGCCGAUGGCGAAAGGGCCCAGCGAGCUUUUCCUUGAUUUUCAUUUCGUUAAACUAUUUAAAUCGUGUGAAGGAACCCUGAUCAAACAAAUUCGACCAAAUGGGGAUUUUAAUGGAACUGCAAACAAUGACAGCAUUAUUCAAUCGUUUAAAGAGCUUAUCAAGCGGCAAGAUGAAGAGAUUUCAGUAUUGAAGCAAGAGGCUAAAAGGAGCAAAACGGAAAUUGAGAAAUUGAGAGAAGAGGCAAACAAAGCCGACGUCGAGAAGGAGCUUGAAGAAGUUCGCUUAAAACUGAAGGAGUCGUGCGAAAUCAAAACGCAAUAUAAUGUUUUGUCGACUCAAUUGCAAGAAGCUCAACGAUUGACGCAACAAUGGUACUCGGAAGCCGAGCGCUACAAACAAUGGGCGCAACAAUGGCAAUCGUAUCAAUUGGGACAAAUACCGAACGCGGCCGACGUCGGACUCACGACACUUCAGAAUCAGGUCGCCGAGCUUGAGCAACAACUUUCGUAUGGUUAUCAGGCGUAUGAGCAGCAAGCGCAAACGAUAUUGCACUACACGUCGGAAAACGCGACGCUUCGUGAAAAGCUGGCGAAAACCGAAGACGCGCUAGCGGACGCUGAGAAGAAAAUCGCGUUGGCGCCACAAAAUGGGCAUGUGGAGAAUUCCGUCGAGAAUUCCGAUGCCAUCAGUCAAUUGAAUCGUCUGAAGCAAGAUCAAGAAGAACUGCUAAUGCUAUUAGCUGACCAACACAACAAAAUCGCAACGUAUCGGCGACGAUUAAAAGAUGUGGGGCAGGAGGUGACAGACGACGAGGAUGAAUAG